AACAUUGAUCUGGUCACAUUGUAAAAUUGUAAAUUAUAAAUAUUUCCUUUUUCAGGUGUCCUAAAAACCUGAAUUAUGGCCGAAACACAGGGAUACAAUAUAACAAAGGACCCAGCCUUGGUGAAGAAUCGCAUCUUUCUGGGAAACCUGCCCAUAUGCACGCGUGAGGAGCUGGUGAGCAUCUCUCACCCGUAUGGAAAGGUUCUUGGAUCAAUGGUACAGAAAAACUACGGAUUCGUGCAGUUCGAAUCGGAAGAAAUCGCCAAUAAAGCCGCUGCUGCUCUCAACAAGUCAACCUUUAAGUCGAAUGUGCUCACUGUGCGCAACGCCAGCAUUAAAUCGAAGCAGGCUAAUGCGAUGGCCAAGAAAAACCAAAUGCAGAGUGCACAGAUUGUGGGUGGAAUUGUUAUGUCUGCCGAAGCUGCUGCGGCCGGUCAGCCUUUGAUCAACGACUGCGAGAUUAUAGUGGUCAAUCGGGAAAACACCAAGUACGCGGAGUACGUUGAGGAGCGCCUGAGGAACGCCGGCCUUCGGGUGGAUGUGCUCUUCCCCAACCAGGAAGUGAUGCUGGGCAAGGUGCUGGCCAAUAUCUCACAUCGAGGCUGCCUUUAUGCCGUUCUGGUCACGCCCCAGCACGAGGAACUUAACAGCAUCACAGUGAAUAUCCUUUAUGGGGUGCCUGCCGAGCAUCGGAAUAUGCCGCUCGAGGAUGCCAUUACCUUGGUUGCCACGGAUUUUAGGCUAAAGAAACAGCGCGAUGCUUCAAAACCAACGGUGACCACAACCAUUCACAAGGGACAGAGGCGACAUCCCGAUGAUAUGCAAGAGCUCAUCGAGAGAUUGGCAGACAGCCAUCCCCUGACAGCCUCGCAGUAUGAGGUGAUCAUCAGCUAUCUGGAAAAAGAGCGGCAGGAGCAGCUUAAGCGUGAGGUGGGCGAGGCCAAUGCCCUGGCAAAGCUCAAGGCUCCCGAUCCAGAGAUCGAGCUGCAGAAGAAAAUCCUGAGCAUCAUGAACAAGCCGGCGGUGACAGCGAUCAACUGCGAGCUCAUGUAUCCCACAUUUGAGGCGGUGAAGGAGGACAAACGACUGAUGGAGCUGCUUGGAGAUAAGCGAGUCUUGGGGGCGUUGGAGAGCAUUUACAACUCCGACUUGGUGAAAACUGUAUCCGAGCACUUUUAGAUACACGAUAUUUAUUAAAUGUAAUACAAUAACAA